GUGCGCCGUUAAUAUUACGUCCCUGCGUUGCAAGUUGCAAUACGUAGAGAACGAUCAACACGCAGAGAACUCAAGUGAAGUAGACUCGACGUGUUCUGUGUUACUACGUCUCUCUCUCUCUCUCCUUCUGUCUAUCAACCUUUCCAAACGAUUGAUCUAUCUAGUCGGUGGGGCGCUCGUCGAAGCAUAAACAAAGUGCGUGCGGACAACGAAGAGCGUCAUUGUCAUUUCCAGUGUCCUGUGAUAAGGAGAAAUAGAAAGGAGAAGGGUUGGACGUUGAUCGAACACUGGUGUUGGAGAAGAAAAAGAAGGAGAAGAGGAAGAAAGAGGGAAAAAAAAUGAGAAGGAAGAUGACGAAAACGAAAAUGAAGUAUUUUGAGGGAAAUGGAGAGAGGGAAAGAGAGUGAGGGAGGGAUCGAGUGGAACGAAGAAAACAGAAAAAGGAAAAACAGAAGACAGACAGAUAGAGAGAGAGAGAGAGAAAGGAAGAAAGAAAGAAAGAGACGAGUGUGUUGUGAUUUCCGUGCGCGCGGAAGAGAAAGAGAGAGAGAGAGAGAGAGAAGAAAUAGAUGAUAGUGUAAAGAAAGAGAGAAAGAAAGAGAGAGAGGGAACGAACAAGAUGGCCGGCCAGAAACAUAUGACAAAGAACGGCGAGCUACCGCCGUGGCCGAGGGCGACGUUCGCUCGGUUCCUCGGCUCUCGGUAUUGCUGAUCCUAGUUCGCUUUCGAGAGAGAAAGAGGUGUUUUUUGGCACCGGCCGUGGUGCUCUUUUCGAAGGGGGUUCUUUAUAGAGAAGGGAAAGAAAGAAAGCGAGAGAGAGAGAGAGAGAGAGAGAGAGAGAGAGGGAUAGAAGAAAAGAUAGAUAGAAAGAGAGAGAGAGAGCGAGAGGGAGAGAAAGAGGAAAGAGAAAAGAGAAAAGAAAGGGGGGAUCGUGACUGCCAAGAGAGUCGGUGAUCCUGUGACCGAAGGAGCCAUGACUACGCGUGGAGAAUGGGCUCGAUCGCAUCGGUGUUGCAAUGGCAUUGCUCGGAGUGCGCUCUGAUAAAUCCAACGGAGAGCGCGCGAUGCGCCAGGUGCGGCCUGGCACGAAUCAGGAGCGAUGACGAGAGGGCGACUAGACUCAGCCGAGAGUUGAGCGCAAAGCGCGGGGAACCUCCUCCGCGCCGGAUGAGACAGUUACGUCGUAGGAAAGAGGGGAAAGACGCGGAGGAGGAGGAGGAAGGGGAGGAGGGGGGAGAACCCGACGAAGAGGAAGGUGUUUCUUCUUCUUCUUCUUCGUCGUCGUCGUCGUCGUCUUCGUCAUCGUCGUCGUCGUCAUCGUCGUCGUCUUCGUCGUCGUCGUCGUCGUCGGGAUCGUUACCACCGACGCCACCACCAAGGCUCAAUUUUCAUAGGCUCGGUAACAAUACCACCGAAAACCAUCCACAGGUUGACGUCCACGAGGAUACGAUUACCAUCCGCGAGCCCACCGAAUCCCUCGCACUACGGUUUUUUCAACGCAUUGAUAAGGAUUCGUCUGUAUCCAAUGUUCUUAAGAAGAGACUACGUUAUAGUUCGUGGAGUGGGAAUAUCUGUGACAAAGAGCCGCUUAAACGAUCCACUUCUGUACCUUCCCUAGUGACACGGUGGACCUGCAUUCGUUGUUUGUUGGACAACAGUUGUAGCUCCACAUUGGUUUGUGCAGCCUGUGAUGCUAGUUUUUCUAUAGCCCAGCUUGAUGAAAGACAGAUAGGAGCGAGGAAGGGAAAAAAACUUAAUCAGUGUAAAACCAAACAAGAACCUAAUGUAAAAUUGUUAAAAAAUGCAGUAUUCGGACGUCUGACCAAAAAUUUGGAUGCUGGCUAUAGUAUAACGUAUACUCCUUCUAAUGCCAAGAGAGUUUAUAACAAAGGUAUGGCACAAUUGACAAGUAUAAGUCGCAGUGAAAGAGGAAGAAACGUACGCGAGGAGUGGACAUUACCUACGCUCGAAACGAUGGAUCCAACGUCGCUUCCCUACUCGGAUAAUGCGGAAAGUUCUCAACGUUCUCCUAAGCGUCACAGUCCUUCUAUGUAUGAAAGAGUUAAAUCCAAAGUGAGUCGUUCUUUGUCUAAUGGCUCCGUCGUACAAAAGCUCUCUGAACUCGUUAUUCAAAGACCCACCAGCUUAGUAGUAUCCGAAGCACAUCAGGACGAUGCCUUGUGGAGUUGCGAUAAUUGUACGCUCGAUAACGCACCGGGAUUGGAGCAAUGCGAAGCGUGCGAAGCACCUAGAAGCCCAGCACCGUGCAGUGGUGUUGUUAUCAGUGUUCCUGCUUGGGAGACACGCGCGUUGUCCUCGGCAGGUCCACUGUCUUAUAGACGAUCUUUCUCUGAUGUCAAUUCUAUUACAAAUGUGACUCAGAGGAAGACCAUAAAUCGUAGGAGUCUAAACGACGAAGAACCACCGGCGGUACCUCCACAUUCCAUUGGUUUCACCUCAAAACCAAAGUAUUCUUAUAUAGGUAUCAGCGAGCCUGAUGUUCCACCACCAUUGCCAAAGAAGCAAAGCAGCAAAUUAGGUUUACUAGCCACCAAGGCACAUAGCGAAGCUACCAGCCCUGUUAGUGAUGUAGCCAGUGUGAGUCCUUUAAAACGUAUGUGGACGUGUCAAAAGUGUUCUUAUGCCUACAAUCCUCUGUGGUCUGUGGCUUGCGAUAUUUGCGGUUCCCCUAGAUCACCACCUUCUCUCACGCAACCUAGUUUAAUAACUGUGACUAAGGAUGGAGCUAGUUGUCCUAUGCGAGUGCAGUCUCCUAUUAUAGUGUCACGAGACAGUGUCAGAUAUAUCCCACCAAAAUCGGCUACCUUGGCUACAGCAGAGUCUGAUUUGGACGAUCAGUUGGAUCCUCCUCCUUCUCCGGUUUGGACUUGUAAGAAGUGUACAUUACUUAACGCUGCUUCGCGAACUACGUGCGAAGCGUGUGGUGGCUCCAAACUUAAAAGCAUAAUGCACUUGGAGGAUGCUACAUUAAGAAAAGGGGAGAGUUGGGUAUGCCCCUCGUGUACAUUAAGGAAUCCGCUAUCAGCACAAACUUGUAAUGCCUGUAAGACGUUAGCAGACUUUUUAGAAGUGCCCAAGGACAAUAGAAUUCAAGGACAAAGAAGUCCAAGUCCAAGACUUUGUCAACCAGCAAAUUCAAAAGUUGUUGCUCAAAAAUAUAAAAAUUCCGUACGAAGGAACGGUUCCUCGAUAGCUGACAAAAGACAUUCAAGAUCCAAAGAUCCGAGUCAUACUCAAUGGCAAUGUAAGCUGUGUACUUAUGAAAAUAAGAGUACAAACAGAACUUGCGAAAUGUGCCAAAGCUCGAAGACCUUAUCCGAAGCAUCAGGGGAUAGACCUAGACUUAUCGAGGCUGGUACUAGUACACUUACGAUGCAACGUCAGGAAAGUGUGGUAAUGGAAAAUUUAAGACAAUUGGAGGAAAGAGAAGCACUAGAAAAAUGGGAGCGUAUAGUACGUUAUUGUAAAGAGACGAACGAGCCCUUCGUCGACGAUUCAUUUCCACCAGCUCCAAAAUCUUUGUACUAUAAUCCCGCGGAUACGAAAGAUAAUCACGUAGUUCAAUGGAGAAGACCUCAUCAAAUUAACGUUGACUCGAGCGUCGACUCUAAACUGCCAUGGGCUGUUUUUAGAACACCGUUGCCCUCAGAUAUUUCGCAAGGAGUUUUAGGAAAUUGCUGGUUACUUUCAGCAUUGGCCGUAUUGGCAGAAAGCGACGAACUCGUAAGAAGGGUUCUCGUGAUGAGAGAAACGUGUCCCGAAGGGGCUUAUCAAGUUAGACUGUGUAAAGAUGGAAAAUGGACAACGGUAUUGGUCGAUGAUCUCUUGCCUUGUGACAAAAGAGGUCACUUAGUAUAUUCACAGGCAAAAAGAAAACAACUUUGGGUACCAUUGAUCGAAAAGGCCGUUGCUAAAAUUCAUGGUUGUUACGAAGCUUUGGUAUCGGGUAGAGCUAUUGAAGGUUUAGCUACGUUAACCGGCGCACCGUGCGAAAGCGUACCUUUGCAGCCUUCUGCAUUACCAAGCGAAGAUGAACUUGAUAAGGAUUUAAUUUGGGCACAACUUUUGUCAUCGAGACAAGCUAUGUUUCUGAUGGGUGCUAGCUGUGGUGGUGGUAAUAUGAAAGUCGACGAAGAAGAGUAUCAAAGAAAAGGUUUAAGACCAAGGCACGCGUAUUCCGUUCUCGACGUACGCGACGUUCAGGGAAUACGUUUGUUGAGACUACGAAAUCCCUGGGGUCAUUACAGCUGGAAAGGAGAUUGGUCCGACGAUAGUCCUAUAUGGACUCCGCAAUUACGAGAAAUGUUAAUGCCACACGGUGCUUCGGACGGCGUGUUUUGGAUUUCCUUUGACGACGUGUUAAAAUAUUUCGAUUGCAUAGAUAUAUGCAAGACGAGAGUUGGUUGGAGCGAAGUUAGAUUACGUGGUACGCUACCGCCUUUAUCAUCUCUUAGGCAUUUAUCGUGCGUAUUGUUAACAGUAUUAGAACCAACUGAGACUGAGUUCACACUAUUCCAAGAGGGUCAAAGGAAUUCUGAAAAGUCACAACGUUCUCAGUUAGAUCUAUGUGUGGUUGUAUUUCGCACGCGGUCACCAGCAGCACCAGAAGUGGGGAGAUUGGUAGAGCAUAGUAAGCGGCAGGUACGAGGAUUCGUUGGAUGUCACAAAAUGUUAGAAAGGGACUUGUAUAUAGUCGUAUGUUUGGCAUUUAAUCAUUGGCAUACCGGUAUGGAGGAUACAUCCAGCUAUCCGGAGUAUGUCCUCGCAAUACAUAGCUCUAAGAGACUUCUGGUAGAACAAAUAUCUCCUCCUGCGUUCGUAUUGGCCGAUGCGAUUAUAAGUUUAACGUUGGCGAAAGGACAGCGACACGAGGGAAGAGAAGGUAUGACGGCGUAUUAUUUAACCAAAGGAUGGGCUGGUUUGGUGGUAAUGGUGGAAAAUCGUCAUGUUAAUAAAUGGAUACACGUAAAAUGUGACUGCCAUGAAAGCUAUAACGUUGUGUCCACAAGAGGACAGCUCAGAACUGCCGAUAGUGUUCCCCCACUUCACAGACAAGUUAUCAUAGUCCUAACGCAAUUGGAAGGUAGCGGAGGUUUUUCAAUAGCACAUCGACUCACUCACCGACUAGCGAACAGUGGAAAUUUGCACGAUUGGGGACCACCCGAUACCCAACAUCAUCCUCAAAUAGAUACUCAGGUCGAAGGUUUACACAGUCCUCGUUUAAUCACGUGAAAAUUUACGUGUUACGACUGACUUUCGUUGAACACACAGGGGCGACGUUUAAGAAAAAAAAGAAACAGUAAAAAAGUGCCGAUAUUGUUCGAAAAUUUUUUAUUAUAAUAGCAAAAAAGUUGAAAGAUUUCGACUGAAAACAACGUAAAGAAAAAAAAAAAAGAAAAAAGAAACUAAAACAACGUAGGAAGAUUGCAAUGCAUAGUACAUCAUCCCAAAGUAAUUAAAAAUGAUACUUUUCGUGCUUUCUAAUCGACGGUACUUCACGAAAAUUCUUAGAGUUGCAAUACGCUCAGCGCAAAGGACAGGAUACAAUAAUUAAAAAAAAAGGAAAAGAAAAAAGAAAAAAAAACGUAAAAAAAAUACAAGUAAGAAUAAAAAGGGAAAAAGAGAAAGAAAGAAAGAUUAAUAAUACGAUGGUUCUCUGAGGUUAAAAAUUUGUAAUAUUUUCUUCUUUACACUCUUGUAUGAUUCUCUCGAUUCGCGUUCUAACGAGAAAGCACAUACUUUAAAAGAACACAAACAAAAAGCAAAUUAAAAAAAGGACAAAAAAGAAAAUAUCGGGUGCUGAUUAAAUCAUUGGAUAUCUCUGCUGGAACCAUUGAUCCAUAAAAUAAAAGAUGAAAAAAAUAAAAAUAAAGAUAAAAAUUAAAAAAAUUAAAAAAAUAAAAAAAGACUUAAGGAUAUGAAAAAUAUUUAUGUGAAGAGACAAGUUUUAAUAUAGAGGUUGUUGCGUUGACAUCGAUGCACGCUAUCUUUCCGAUUACUGCCAGAGGUACAAAGAGAUAAUACAUUGGACGCGCAUAUAAAAUGAAAAACUGUUUGAAUAAAGAGGUACGUCUCUUGUCUAGGUGCAAUAGCUUAAAUCUUAACGUUUCACGUUAUAUCACACACAUUCUGGAUAUUAUUUUGCAAAAUGAAAAGUUACUUAUCUUCUAAAUAAUAUAUGAAAUAGAGAAUAAUGUUUGCACGUUUAUCAAUUAAUUAUUCUCUUCUAUCGUUUCGUAUGAAAACUUCUGAAAGUGAUGGUGUGCAUUUAUAUCAACGAAACGGCUUGUGUAACGACACACACUUUGCUUGUUAUAUAUAUAUAAAAAAAAAAAGAAAAAAUAUGGAAGAAGAAGAAGAAGAAUAAGAAAAAGAAGAAGAUGAAGAAGAAAAAGAAUUAUUUUCUCAACUUAACAUUUAAGCAUCAUUCAUAAGAAAUGAGAAAACCUAAAUGAAAAUAUAACAUAAUAUAAUAUAAAUUGCGAUAUCUCUAGAAGUCAUUAAGGAAUUUGCGAAAGCACGAUACAAUAAAACAUUGUUUUCUUUUUCUUUUCUUUUUUCUUUUUGGAAUUGCUUAAAUUUGCUUAAUGGAACAUCAUAUAAAUACAAUUUCACGAUUUCUCAUUUUCACUUUUUGUCUCGUGCAUCCUAUCGCUGAGAACGCUCUUACAUUACAUAAGCGUGAUAAUGAUGAUGAUACUGAUACUGAUGAUGAUGAUGAUGAUAAUGAUAAUAAUUAUGAUGAUGAUGAUGAUGAUGAUGAUGAUGAUGAUGAUGAUGAUGAUGAUGAUGAUGAUGAUGAUGAUGAUGAUGAUGAUGAUGAUGACGAUGACGAUGAUGAUGAUGAUGACGAUGAUGAUAAUGAUGAUGAUAAUGAUAAUGAUAAUGAUGAUAAUGAAGACGAUGAUAAUGAUAAUGAUGAUGAUCGAGGCUCAUUUGACAUGUACAAAUGUAACAAGGAGAUGAACCUUCGAAGGAAGAGUUUUCAAAUGAUAUUAAGUAUUGUAGCAUGUUGUUUCCUUGCCCAAAUUUAUUUUGCUUCCAUCUCAUAAGUGGAUGCAGUGCUUCUUUUUGAAAGUGACGUAGCACAUUGCUACAGAACCAAAGACCCAUUUCAGAAGUCUUAACGAUAUUAUAUACAUUAUUAACGCGUUCACUGCCAUUCUAUGCAAUUUAUAUAGAAAUGUGUUUCUCUUUCAUAUUAUUUUAUUUUAUUUUAUUUUAUUUAUUUCGUGUUUUCUUUUUAUUUCUCUCUCUCUCUCUCCCCCCCCCUCUCUCUCUCUCUCUCGCUCUCUCCUUUUAUUAUUUUAUUUAUUUUAUUAUAUCAAAUUCUUACGAUUUAGUUACGUCAAUAAUAAACGAAUAAAAUUCUUGCAUAUCAUUAUAAUUGAGACGAUCAUUUUACUUUUGUAAAGUCCUACACAUUCUACGACUAUGUUUAUAUGUAUGUACAUCUUUAGAGAUUUCAUACAUGACACACGUAUCACGUGUAUAAAUAUACACUCACAAACAUAUAUAUAACUGUGUAUGGGCAAGCAUGGCAGUUAGCGAGUUAGAAGCCAAAUUUAAGCUAAUUUGCGCGUAAGUCAGCUGUCCCCAUUCAUGUGGUUUUCUCUUUUCUCUUUUUUUUUCCUUUUUUUUUUUUAAGAAUCAACAGUGCCGCUGUAACUCACAACAGAAAGAGAAAAAUGGGAAAGAAAAGAGAACGAACAAAGAAAAAACUAAAGCACACAUAAUGAAUUAUUUUUCGUUGAAUCGUAAAUUGAAAACGCGUUUAGCUCUGUUACACAAUAUACAUAGGUACAUACAUACAUACAUACAUGCAUCUAUGCAUACAUGCAAAUAUACAUACAAGCAAAAAAAGCAUUUUGUGAUUUUCGACAAGUUGAAGUUUCCAUCAUCGUAGGCUUCUCUCUUUUUUUCAAUAGAGAAUCAUUACGAUUUUAAGAUGACAUUGCCUUUUGUAUCGCGGAUAAAAGUUAAUUGCAAUAACGAUAUGCGAAUAAUGUUCUCCUCUAUGUUCGAUUACUAUCAAUCGAUUAUAUUAGCCUCUUAAGAAUUGUUGUAUUGGGAUACAUCGUCGAGUCGAUAUGUAUUUUCACCGAGGUUCACGUACACAAAUGCACGCAACAUACACACGUAAAAAAGCAAAAAGAAGAAAAAAAUAAAUAAAUAAAUAACACUAUGAAUUUUCUGUAAAAGUAUCAGAAGAGAAGAAUAAAUAUAAGAAUCGUUUUCGAUAAUAUUCGAACGUUAUAAUAUAUAAUAAUUCCAUGUAACGAGUCUAAGGAGAAAUAUUUAUUGAAAAGUCCGAAUAUGUAACUUCUUUCUUUUCAUUUUUUUUUAAAUUAUUUUGAUUGCAUUGUUGUUGUUGUUGUUGUUGUUGUUGUUGUUGUUGUUGACUCUGUAUAGGCGAGAAAAACGGCGAAAUUUUUCUAUGGUAAACUCGAGUGCGUUUUAUGGCUUCGAUUGGUCAAACUGCCAUUAUCAAAUUCUUUGUCUUUUAAGAUAGACGACCGAUGAUAGAUAAAUAAUAGAUCAAUUGAAACAAAGAAUGUUCUUUUUCUACGUACAUAUAUACAUAUGUAUAAAUGUAUAUGUAUGUAUGUAUCUAUCUAUGUACAUAUGUAUGUACGUACUUCGAAUAUAGAAAAAUUGUUCGAAGCUCUUUCUGCACAUAAUGAAUGUCGUGAUGUGACAAUAUAGUAAUCGCUGUGAUCAGACGACGACGACGAUAAUGACGACGAUGACGACGAUGACGAUGAUCUAAUUCGAAAGAAUGUGUCUAAACAAGGGGUCUUUGAGGAAAAACGAGCAGCAGUUUUGGGAAAAAUUAAAAAAAAAUAAAUAAAAUAAAAUAACAAAAGAAGAAAAAACAAAAAAACAAAAAGAAAAGAAAUUAAAUAAAAAUAAUUAAAAAAAGAAAAGAAAAAGAAAAAAAAUAGUACAAAAUGCUAACUUGCUAUACAGAAAUCCGCUUACAUUCUUUUUUUAUCGCAAUACAUCUCAAGAUAAAAUAUGAUGAUGACGAUGAUGAUGACGAUGAUGAUGAUGAUAAUGAUGACGAUGAUAAUAAUGAUAAUAAUGAUGAGCGAUUUGGAAAAAUAUCGAACAUCUUAUAAUUGUUUCUAAUUGCCAAGCCUUUUCCGAGUAUCCAGAUUAUUAGAAUGUAUGUAAUAAGAGAAACGGAUGAGCUCGGAUUAUAAAAAAUAGUUUAAUAAAUAAAUGUCUUUGUUGUAUACUUCGGUAGAGUUCCGGUGCUAAAUAAAAUUAAUUAAUUAUAGGCUCGUUUACACACGUGUACACUCCAAUUGUCAUAUAUUAAAUAUUACUUAGGCCGAUUUUUAUAAGAAAAAAAAAAAAAAAAAGAAAUGUUUUAUCUGAAUUAACGAUCUCAAUAGAUCCUAGCCUGGCCUAACAAUUAAUAACUAUUUAAUUACUUUUGAAUAUGAAAAAUAUUCGACAGAAUGUACCAUUCGAUAUUAUCGGCCUUAGAGUGUAAUGUUAACAAAAAAGAUUUCUUUUUAUUAUUUUCUUAUUUUUAGUUUUUUUGUUUGCUUUUUAUAUCUUUAUGAAAAUCUUUGAUUUUAACACGCGAUCUCUCUCUCUAACGCUAUAUAUAUUACCGCACAUUUGAUAUUAAAUUAUAAAGAGCACUGCAAUCCUAAUUUCUAAGAAACAUAUGUGAUAACAAGAAGUAAGAAAAAGUGAAUAAAUUGGAGUGCAAAGAUAAUAGUAGAUAAUUAAAGCAUAUAUUAUAACAGUGGCCUAAAAGAGAGCGAAUAAGUCAGCAAAAAUUCAAUAAUUCGAUUAUAUAGAUCUAAAUUAUAAUGAAAAGAAUCUUUAGAAAAAUAUAUGCUUUAAUCUAUUCUCAUAAUCACACUGAUUCAUGUAGAGUGUAUAUAUAUAUAUAUAUAUAUAUAUAUAUAUAUAUAUAUGUAUAUAUAUAUAUGUAUAUACAUACAUAAUGAAUUAUCAAAAGACGUUUGAUUAUUAACGUAAUACCAAUAAAUAAUAAAUAAUAUUAUAAACGGAGUUACACGUUUCAAGUUAAAAAGUGAAGUUGCAAAAACGAAAAAUGAAAUAAUCUUAGGCUCAUUCCACCGAAGUGUACAGCUGUUUCAUUGCAUAUGCACAAAAUGUAUACACAGAAGAAUACACAUACACACACGUUACACAUACAUAGAGAGGAACAGAAACAUGAACCUUUUAUCCAGCAAUAGAUAAUACGAUUUUUAAACAAAUUAAAAGAAAUACGAUAAUAAAUCUGAUUCUUUCAUUUCGCUAUUGUAAAAGCUGACCUUUAGUGCCAUAAAUUAAAUCACGAUUGAAGAUGUUGCUGAGGGUGAGGAGGAGAAAGACGUUGCGGAAGAUUCAUAAAAAAAAAGAAAAAAAACAGAGAAAAAAAACAAAGGGGGGGAAAAAGUAAUAAACAAAUAAAACGAGAGCGAUUUUUAAUAUUGCGAUCGCACCCACCGAUCUGUCAUGGUAUAAUAUUUUCUAACGACGAUUUUUCUUUUUCUAACGAACGAAAGAAAAUGAAGAAAAGAUAUACUAUAUAUUUUACAUAUUGCAUAUAGUAUCGAGCGACGAUAUUGUACGUAGAUUGUCGAUAAUUAAUUACAUGAAAGAAAAAAAUAAAAUGAAUAACAUAAUAAUAAUAAUAAUAAUAAUAAUAAUAAUAAUAAUAAUAAUAAUAAUAAAAAUAAUAAUAAUAAUAAUAAUAAUAAUAAUAAUAAUAAUAAUAAUAAUAAUAAUAAUAAUAAUAAUAAUGAACCAGUUGAGAGAAGAAGAGACGAAGAUGUUCGUUUUUCUCGCAAUUACAAAAUAAAAAACAAAUAAAAAAAGAAAAAAAAACAUUCUUUGGCAGGCGUAAUUUAUUGAGAUUCGUAAAUAAUAUUAAGAAGAAAAAGAGAGAGAGAGAGCGAUAAAAAGGAAAAUAAAUAAAUAAAUAAAAGAACGCGUGUGUUUGCUGGAUAUAAUCCUCGACAAAUUAUCUUAACGUUCGAACGGAUUUAAACGUUUUAGAAAAAAACAAAUUCUGUAUGUAAAUAUACAAAGUCGAAGAAAAUAUAAAAAAGAAACAAAGGAGAGAAAAAAGAAGCGGACUAAAAGAAAAAAGAAAAAAGAAAAGGUAUUUAUUCUAUUUCGCGAAGCGAAACGAGACGAGAGAUGAAAAUCUGAUAUAAAGAAGCAAAAAAUAAGUUCAUAUUUAUACAGCUUGCGUUUUCGCACACACGUAAAUAAGUAUGCAUACGAAUGUUUAUUUGUAUGCGCUUUAAUUAAACCCUUUUAUUUUUAUUUUCAAUUUUAGGACGACAUUCAAUAACGUAUAAAAUGUAAAGAGUACACAGUGAUAUAUAUAUAUAUAUAUAUAUAUAUAUAUAUAUAUAUAUAUAACAGAUGUCGGUAUAUAUACGUUAUAUAUAUAUAUAUAUACCUAUAUGAAAAGUUUAUAUAUAUGUAUAUAUAUCGUCGUUUACAUACGAUGGUGACGUGCGAAUUAAAAUUAUUUCUAUGAAUCCCUUUUUCGAAAUUAUUUUUAAUAUGCAGCGAUAAUUAAGAAAAAGAACAAUACUGCAUCGUUAUUAUUUGUUAAUCGAGAGGAAAGAGAGAGACAGAGAGAGAAAGAGAGAGAAAAAUGAUAGAAAAGGAAAAUAAUUUGUUGGAAAAAAUCGAAACUUAAACGUAAAAAUAUAUACGCCUAUAUCGUUGGUAUUAAUAUUAGCACGGCAUUGUUGAUAUCUUUACAUCCAAUUGAAUAUUUAGAAUAAUCGCACGGCAUCGCAAAAGUACCUAGGAAUAAUAUAUUCUUUAAUAUGUGUGUGUGUGUGUGUGUGUGAGAGAGAGAGAGAGAGAAAUGAACCCCAUAAAAAAAGACACAAGCAUACAAAAACACUGGACAUGCAUAAACAUAUAACAUAACAUACAUACAUGGAUACGUGCAUACAUACAUGCAUACAUAAAAUGCGCGCACACGCUGUCUCAUUGUAUUUGUAUGAUAGAAAAAAUAAUAUUGUCGUGUCAAUCAUAUUUCAUGAUCACCGGAGCGACUCAUUUUACUCUGUAAAAAUGUUUUACAGCGUAAAAAUUAUACCGGGUGUCUUCUAAAACUACGUACAAGCGUUUAAUCGCCUUUCCUGCUUUUUGUUUCUUUCAAACGGGAUCGGAUUAUACGCUUUUUGGGCACGAUGAGAAUAAAGGAAAAAGAAUAAUGAAAGAUAGAAAAGAAACAGAAAGAAUUAUGUGCGAAACGUGUUGAAAGUGAUUUAUAACGGUUUGUACUGUAAAUUGUAUAAUAUAAACAAGAUGGAAACGAUUUUAUUAGUGGUCAGAGAGCCCGGAAUGUUACAAUAAUGUAUAAGUCUAAAAAAAAGAGUCUAUCGGAUAUAAUCUGGCGAAAUUCUUUUCGAAAAGAAUAAAAAAAGAUGGAGAGAGAGAUAGAAAGAAAUAGAGAGAAGAAGGAGGAGAGAGCUCUUUUAGUCUUGUUCAACACACGACUGUGAUCAUUUUAGAAACGCCCACGUACGAAUUCAACGCCACGUACGAAAUCGAACCAGCAAUCAACUUUGUGAUAGUCUACUAUGUACCGAUCUGGUAAACUUCGUUGAAAUAACCCCAUUUCCUAUAGAUAAGCUGUAUAAUUAAUUAGAACUUUGUCACGUACACGCAAGGAAGAAAAAAAAAGGAAAAGAAAAAAAAAACGUAUUUAAUACAUUUAAAGAUGAUAAUAUGAAAUUGUGUUGUCCCCUGAUUUGUAUCACGUAGGCACGUUUAAUAAUAAAUCGAAAUAUUAUCUAUA